CCGUCCACAUCCCACGUUGACAUUCGCGCUCACCUCGAGGUGCACCACCGCGAUGGCCGACGACAAAGGCCUCUCUAAUCACAAGGAGUUCCUUGCGCCCGGAGCUGCUCACGAAGCUGCUGGACAGGGUCAUGCUGCUACGGAUCUGCACGGUCGUUCGCUGGUGGAGUUCGAUCGCGCGGCGGAGCGACGUCUGCGCUGGAAGAUCGAUCUCUACACCGUGCCGACCGUAUCCCUUCUCUACCUCUUCUGCUUUAUUGACAGGGCCAACAUUGGCAACGCGAAGCUCGCCGGUUUCGAGAAAGACCUCCACAUGGAGAACUACGACUACAAUGCCGUCCUGAGCAUCUUCUACAUUGCUUACAUUGUCUUCGAAAUCCCCGCCACCAUGACCUGCAAGUGGAUGGGCCCGGGCUGGUUCCUCCCGGCCACGACCCUGGCGUUUGGAAUCUGCUCGGUGGGAACAGCCUUUGUCAAUGAUAAACAAAGCGCAUCGGGCGUGCGCUUCGUGCUGGGCAUUUUCGAGGCGGGUGUGAUGCCGGGGAUUGCCUAUUAUAUGUCGCGCUGGUAUCGUCGCAGCGAAUUGACGUUUCGCAUGGCGCUGUUUAUGGUCAUGGCUCCGCUGGCCGGUGCAUUUGGGGGUCUUCUUGCGUCCGCCAUCCUCUCGCUCGAUCAUUUUGGCACCCUUAAAUCCUGGCGGAUGAUCUUCGCCAUCGAGGGCAUUAUUACUAUCGGCCUCGGGCUCAUCGGAUUUUUGACCUUGACCGACCGUCCUGAAACCGCGCGCUGGCUGAACCAGGAAGAAAAGGACCUGGCCAUCGCACGCAUUAAAUCCGAACGCGUCUCCACCACCGAACUCCUCGAUAAAAUCGACCUGGCCAAGACCCUCCGUGGCAUUAUGUGCCCCGUCACCCUCACCACAGGCUUCAUCUUCCUCCUCAACAACAUCACCGUGCAAGGCCUCGCGUUCUUUGCCCCCACCAUCGUCGGAACCAUUUAUCCCGAGGCCAGCGUCGUGAGCAAGCAGCUCCACACUGUACCCCCUUACGUCGUCGGCGCCUUCUUCGCCCUCCUCUUCCCCCUCCUCAGCUGGGUCUUCGACCGUCGCAUGCCCUGGUUCGUCCUCAGCCCGCCCCUGGUCAUGAUCGGAUACAUCAUGUUCCUCACCAGCCACGACGCCAUGGUCCGCUACGGCGCGACCUUCCUUUGCGCCAGCGGCGCGUUCGCCUUCGGAUCCCUAACAAAUGGCAACGCCUCCAACAACGUCGUCUCCGACACCGCUCGCUCCUCCGCCAUCGGCACAAACGUCAUGCUCGGCAACAUCGGCGGCCUCAUCUCCACCUGGUCCUUCCUGCCCUUCGACGGCCCGGACUUUGUCAUCGGCAACGGUCUCAACCUGGCUACCUCCACCGCGACCACCAUCCUCGGUGCGAUGCUCUGGAUGUGGAUGCGCUGGGACAAUCGCCGUCGCGAGGGUAUCGACGUCGACCAGGCGCUUGCGGGAAUGACGCAGCGGCAGAUUCAGGACCUCGACUGGAAGCAUCCUGGGUUCCGCUGGCGUACUUGAGAUAUUAUUACAGUUGUCUGUUCUAUAUGGGUGUCGCUGGUUCGCGCAGUAUAAUCAAUCUUAUGCGUUAUAUAG